AUAUUAUUGUUUCAAACACCCUCCCUCUGAUGGCUAACACUACAUUUUUCUGUGUGUAGUUUUAAUUAAACCUUUUGUCAUAUCUACACUGAACCCAAAUUCACUCUUAAAAUACACAUGAUUUUUCACUUAAAAGCAAGGAUCCAGUGAUUUUCUUCCAUUCAAGUGCGACAUAUACAUUUCACUUGGCAGUCACUUAAAUUUCAAGUGAAUUCAUCCACAUUCACUUCAGUCGUCACUUGAAUUUGAAGUGAGAAAAAAUAUUCACUAACCCAUCACUUGAAUUUCAAGUGAAUGUCGGGUUGUAAUUGUGUUUAUUUUCAGAGUUCAAAAUGGCAAAUUCUAAAGAGCAGCGUUUAAAGCUUAUGCUGGAUUUGGAUUUUCCCAACUCUUUACUAGGCGAUUUUGGCGGUAGUUUGUGUUAAACGUGAUGUAUUAAUCGCAGCGCACUAAAUUGGACUGCGCACUCAUAACUGCGACAUUAGUGCGAACUCUUUCAUUUGUGCGACCUGUCAAAUCAGUGUAAAAUCUGUCGGAGUUCUACACGCUAACCGCUUUUCAGUCAACCUUCGUUCGGAUAACUGCGACGGAAAAAUAUUGCAAGAAAUCCAAUUUUCAAUGAAAGAGAUAAUAAGAAAAAGUUAUUUAAAGGUGUUAUUAUGUUUCAGCUUGUGGAUUGAACUGGACAGAUUUUCUGGUUUGCUGCAGGGAAGAUUUAGAAGUCGAACUAUCCGCAGUAACCGAUCUACCUUGGGAUCAUGAUGGAGUUUUCCAAUCAAUAAAUUUAUGGCGAAAGCGUAAUGUAAGUAUUUGAAAUCGAAGUGGUUUUCUAUAAAUGUUCUUUUAUUUAAAAACGCGAGAGAUAAUUAAUUAGAAACUUACUUAGAAAUUCAGAUAAAUUUCACUCGAACGUCAUAGUGUAAUUCACUUGACCGGUCACUUAAAUGAAUUCACUUGACCCAUCACUUAAAAUUCAAAUGAAAUUACGUAUGGCGAGAAUUCACUACAGAUGUCACUUAUUUUUUAAGUGAAAAUUAUUUUGGGUGUACAUUUUUACGUGUAUUUUUUGUUUGAUUCUUGCGUUUGUUUACGCUUUUUGAUUUACUUCUUGGGGCCCUUGUGGAAAUCGGCAAUUUUUGGUAAGUUUAUUUCAAUUCAAAUUCUGAUGCUUUAAAAAGAUUAAUUUUUUUCCAAAUGUAGCCACUUGCAUCCCGCAUAUAGCGAUGGACUUCUGCUGCCGAGUAUGUAUGGCUAAGGACUUGAAAGACGAUGGUGCUUCCGGUGUUGCAAUUCAAUUCUCUUCAAUAUUCGACAUAAACGAAUCGGUGGAUGAAGUGAUUGCAAACAUGAUCAUUGACUGUACGGAGGUUUUGGUAUCAGAAGAUGAUGAACUGCCACAUGUUAUAUGCCACGAUUGUUUGACGAAACUUAACCAGGCGUACAAACUACGACAAAUUUGCCAACAAUCUGAUAAAAGCUUUCGUCGAAUGCGGGUGACUAAAAAAUUUGAGAAUGAAAAAAACGAUAAUAGAAUUGAUCAUUCAAAUCUUCCGAUUUUAAGCCCAGAUCAAGUAGUAGACAAUGAAAUCAUUGCUAGUAAUAUCGAUAAAGUUUCAAAAGCAACUUCAGAAUUUUCUGAAAGUUAUGACGAUUUUGAAAUUGAAUAUUUAGAUGGUUAUGAUGGAAAAUCAAAGUCAUCAGUUGACGUUGAAGAGGAGGUUGAAUGUAUCCAAGAAUAUCUCCCGAUGAAUGAGUUAGUAACCAAAAUUGAAAGCUUCCCAAAGUAUAGCAAGUAUUCUACUCGUGGCAUGCAAUGUUGCAUCUGUUCACAGUUGUUCGAAGAACAUCAAUCAUUGGAAACACAUUACCAGGAAGCCCACGGUAUGAAUGAAGAAUCGUUAGAACGAAGCCAUUUACAAUGUGACUAUUGUAACCAUAUAUUUGCUGAUGUGGCAAAACUGCAGAAGCACAAACCAACGAUGAAGGAUUUAAUUUACUACGUAUGUAGUUUGUGCGAUUCGGUGUUAAAAGAUGAAACAAGUUACAUUGAUCAUAUUUUAUCAGAAGUCAAUCAUACGGAGGCAAUAGAGUCCUUUACAAGUAAUGAGAAAUUCAAAAUAUGUCUAUCGGAAUCAAAUGAGCUGUGCUCCUACCAAUGUUGCCAGGUUGAUUGUUUUUACGAAACAACUAUUAAAUGCGAUGUUUUAAAACAUAUUUCGAGAACAGAAGAGCAUGGAGCUAGUUCUAAACAAGAUAAACAAACGAAUAGACGGACGGAGAAUAGUUUCGUUUGUUGUUUGUCUAGAUGUUUUGAUGAUUUUUGUUCUUUUGAAGAACUGCAAUCUCAUGCGAGAGAUGUGCACGAUCUGUUACGUAUAAAACAUACACAGAGUCGUCAAUCCAAUGCUUUCGUUUGCAGCAUUUGCCUUAAAGGUUUCGAAACAAAGCACGCAUAUGAGCGUCAUAGGAAAAUAAAUAAAACACAUCAGUUCAUUUGCCUUGAAUGUGGUGCGCAGUACGCUUCCAAGGUCAAUUUAAGGCAACAUGAGCGUAGCAAAUGUGGAACAGUUGCCACAAUACAGUGUGAAAAAUGCGAUAAAACGUUCACGACGAUAAGUGGUUUACGAAAUCAUAGUAUUCAACAUGAAACUUCAAGACCUUACACCUGCGAUAUAUGUGGACGUAGUUUUAGACGAAAAGGAGUCCUUAAAGAUCAUAUGAACACAGUCCAUGCUACGGAGAAAUUAUUUAAAUGUACCAUAUGCAUGGAAUCCUUCUCGAGUCGAACUAUUUUCAAAUCUCAUAUGAACAGUCACACGCACGAAAAACUCUACCAGUGCAGGCAUUGUGAGAAACGCUACCUCAAGGCCAGUGACCGGAACAUGCACGAGAAACAAGUACAUUUGGGGAUAAGACCGUUCCAAUGUAACUACUGUCCUGUAUCCUUCAUAAGGGAUCGUGAGCGUAGAUUACACGAGAGAAUACACACCAAAGAAAAGCUGUACACGUGCGAGGUAUGUGCUGAAGGCUACGAUAAGUUUGCGGAGUUUAAGCAACAUCGGUUGAACGAACAUGGAUUGGAAACGAUGCGUGAUUCAGGAUCCUCAAUGAUUACCGCUUUGAUGAAUAAAAAUAAAAAUCAUGCUGUAGACGAUUGAAAAAAAAGGUUGGUAUUUAAGAGUUAUUUUGAAAGAACAGCUUGUUAAAGUACGAAAGCAAAAGCCUGUUGGCUACUAAAUAAGCUAUUUAUUUCGAAUUUAUAAGCUUUGGGUGCGCUCGCAAUCACGAUUUAUACAAUUUCCCAUAUGUGUGAAACCAAUAGCCUGUACUCCAAUUUCACUCAAAUCUACGGUCAUUCUUCUACGGUCUUCUAA